AUGCCACCAUCACCGAGAUGCUGGAGGACACGCCGGCACCGAAGCCACGGGUGAAGUUCCACCUCCGCACCUCGCCGGACACUGAAGAGGAGGGUUGUGCGCUCACCAUCGGCCACCACGGGUGUCUGGAGGAGUGCAAGUUCAACGUGACAGCUAAAACCUUCUUCAUCAUUCACGGCUGGACGAUGAGUGGCAUGUUUGAAACCUGGCUGGGGAGCUUGGUAUCUGCUCUUCAGGAGAGGGAGAAGGAUGCCAACGUGGUUGUGGUGGACUGGCUUCCCCUUGCCCACCAGCUCUACACCGAUGCUGUGAACAACACCCAGAUUGUUGGAAAAAGCAUCGCGAGGCUGCUUGACUGGUUACAGGAGAACCCACUCUUCCAUCUUGAGAAUGUCCACCUCAUUGGGUACAGCCUUGGUGCCCACGUCGCUGGCUUUGCUGGUAACCACGUCCAUGGGACAAUAGGCAGAAUUACAGGCUUGGAUCCGGCUGGCCCUAUGUUUGAAGGAGUGGACCCUAGCAAGCGCCUCUCCCCUGAUGAUGCUAACUUUGUGGAUGUCCUUCACACCUACACAAGGGAAACACUAGGUGUUAGCAUUGGGAUCCAGAUGCCUGUAGGCCAUGUUGACAUCUACCCCAAUGGGGGAGACUUCCAGCCUGGCUGUGGAUUAAGUGAUGUCUUGGGAGCAAUCGCCUAUGGAACAAUUGGUGAAGUUGUUAAAUGUGAACAUGAGCGGUCUGUGCACCUCUUCGUGGACUCCCUCGUGAACCAAGACAAACAAAGCUUCGCCUUUCAAUGUACCGAUUCCAGUCGCUUCAAGAAGGGCAUCUGCCUGAGCUGCCGGAAGAACCGCUGCAAUGGCAUUGGCUACAAUGCCAGGAAAACACGGAACAAAAGGAACAGCAAGAUGUACUUAAAAACAAGAGCUGACAUGCCAUUCAAAGUCUACCAUUAUCAGAUGAAAAUGCAUGUCUUCAGCUACAAGAGCUUGGGAGAGGCUGAUCCCACUUUCUCUGUCACCCUUCAUGGCACCAAUGGAGACUCUGAACCUCUCUCCUUAGAAAUGCUUGAUCAAAUUGGCCUAAAUGCUACUAACACAUUCCUGGUCUAUACUGAAGAGGACAUGGGUGAACUUUUAAAAAUAAAGCUCACCUGGGAGGGAACAUCUCAGUCAUGGUAUGAUCUAUGGAAAGAGCUGAAGAGCUACUGGUAUCGGCCUGCGAAGUCUUCCCAGGAACUGCAUAUCAGACGCAUACGUGUGAAAUCUGGGGAAACGCAACAGAGGUUUGCUUUCUGUGUGGAGGAUUCCCAGCUGACCAGUAUAUCUCCUGGUAAAGAGCUCUGGUUUGUGAAGUGUGCAGAGGAGUGGCACAAAAGAUCCGUCUCAAAUCUGCUCUGA